AUGAAUGUCCAGCUCUAUGUCUACGAUCUCUCCCGCGGCUUGGCGAAGAACAUAUCUGCUGCGCUCCUCGGCAUUCAGAUCGAUGCUAUCUACCAUACAUCAAUUGUCAUGCAAGGCUUAGAGUACGUUUAUGAUGGGGGGAUUAAGACCCUGGAUCCAGGGAGCACCCACCUGGGCCAGCCUAUACAGAUAAUCGAGCUGGGAACGACAGACCUGCCUAUCGAUGUGAUUAUGGAGUAUCUGGAUUCCCUCAAGCAGAUUUACACUCCUGAGGCAUACGAUCUCUGGUCCCACAACUGCAACAACUUCUCCAAUGACUUUGCGACAUUCCUUCUCGGAAAGGGUAUACCAGAGCACAUCACAAGUCUUCCCCAGACUGUGCUCGAUACCCCGUUCGGUAGAAUGAUUCGGCCACAGAUCAAUGAUAUGGUUCAGAAUAGAAAGGCCGAGAACGGCGGGCUGUUGGGCAUAGAACGUCCGGUUUCUACUUCUCUAACACACCGAAAACUUGGUGUCUCAGUCAGGAGACCUACCACUAUGCAGGAACUUGACGGACUACUUGCCAAUGCCAGAACCUCAUGCGCAGUUGUCUUCUUCACGUCGCCCACUUGUAAACCCAGCGAGAAACUUCACUCCCUGUACAACGAGCUAGCAAGCGAGACAGCUCACAGGGCUCUUUUCAUUACAGUCGAUAUCUCGAAGGCAUACGAUAUUAGCACUAAGUACGGUAUUCAAGCUACUCCUACCUUUAUCACUUUCAUACAAGGAAAUCAGCAGAAUCAAUGGACGGGGCCUGAUCCCAGCACUCUUCGAAAAAAUGUCCGAAUGCUCAUACAGACGGCAUGGCCACCACACCAACACGAGUCGCUCCGCCUUCCGGCGCUGCGACGAUCGAGUACAACGCCAGUCCUGUACAGAAAUCUACCCCCACUUGAAAAACUGAGAACGAAGAUGGGGCCUUUAGCGGAAGGCGCAGCUGUUGCUGGCAUCAUGCACUUCAUAUCCACCCGCGCUACUGCUGGUGUAGCUGAAUCAACCCUUCCUGAUCUCCACUCUUUUAGUCAAUUCCUGCUUUCUGCCCCCUCCAAACUUCUACCGGAAGUCAUGUUUACAGUCGUUGAUCUCUUUCGUGCUGCGCUUCUAGACCCACGUUUCAGUGGCUACUACGCAGAAGAAAAAGACCACAAAACCAUUGCGCAUCUCCUUUCCUAUGUCAACUCUUUCACCGAUUGUCCAUAUUCAUUACGUCUCGUAGCAUUGCAGGCAGUCUGUAAUCUUUUCUCUAGCCCGUUAUAUCCUCAAAGCAUUUCUGAUAGCCCCAAACUCGCUAGCCCGGUUGUCCAGUUGAUCGCAACGAGUCUAUUAGACGAAAAGCACCCUAGCGUGCGAGUUGCAGCAGCAAGUCUGUCGUUCAACAUCGCAGUAGCAAACAGUCGGUUACGGUUAGAUGAACAUCGAGAUGCUUUAUUAGAAGGUGAUCAAAUCGAGCUUGCAGCGUCUUUACUAGAGGCCAUUGCAGUUGAAGAAGAAUCUCCAGAGGCUCUGCAGGGCUUAUUGCUUGCCUUUGGGUAUUUGGUCUAUUGCACGCCAGAGAAUGGGGAAUUGAUGGAUUUACUGAGAGCUAUGGAUGCGCAAGGCACUGUUCUUGCGAAGAGGAAGUUAUUUCCAGACGAAGCAUUGGUGGAAGAGGUUGGCGAGGAAUUGCUUGGGACCGGCUUACGGUAG